CACUGGACAUCCUCCUUGCACCUUCUAUUAUAAUUUUUAAAAAGAGGCUGAAAGCAUAUCUUUUCUCCCAGGCCUUUUUAUCUAAUUUUAGUAUUAUUUUAUUGUCGGUUUUCUAUUUGGUUUUAUUCUGUUUUCUAUUUAACUUUUUUCUUACUCUGUUCAACACUUGGGUCAGCUUUGCUGUGUUUAAAUGUGCUAGGGUCUAUAUAAAUAAAAUGUACUUACUUAAUUUACUUUACUUACUUACACUCCUAUCCUGAAGGGGGCAGACGUGCACCAUCAUAUCAUGGCGGUCACAAAAACGGGAAAAACAGAACAACAAUGUUCCUUUCCUCAACAGCUGUCUGGUGUAAAAUCUGUUAAUGAUACCUGGCAAAUGUUUUAUUCACAAAUGCACAUUUUAGGGUUUGGAUUGGUGCUUGUGGAUCAUUUAGACUUUUAUUGAAUACCGUGUAAACUGGGCAGGUAGUAUGUUAAAUAAUUCACUAAUUGAGCCUGAUGUGACUCACUGUUGUAAAUAUUUUAUUUAGCCACACCAAAGAUUUCCAAAUAAAGUCAGUAAAAUCUAGUCAAAACCUGUUUUAAAUUGGGAACCCGCCUUUAUCUUUAUACCUGCUUGCCCUUUGGUGUGUAUGUCUAACUGGCUUUAAUGACAGUUGAGUGAAUGAGAUUUUCAUUUUAAGGAAUGUUUGCAUGUCCCACAGGUAGCAAAAACACAUCUGUGACAUGUGCAGACAUGCUGCGCUCUUUCACAGUGUCCCUGAUGUUUUCCUGGCGGGUCCAACUGCUCCCCAGCAUGCAUUGCUCGUCCAUCAGGCAGCCUGAGAACACAUCUGCCAUUGAUGCACUUUACAACCUGUCAGUCAACAUCUCAAAGAUCCGUAAGCUCAAGGGCUGGGUGUUGUACCAAAGCCCAGUUUAUGUGACGGAGACUGUGACAAUGCUGAGAACCUUGGGAGCCAAAGACCCGCUGAUCGCGCAAGUGCUUGAACACCACCCAGAGGCAAUCCUCUGCCCACCUGAACAUUUGGAGGUUCAAAAGGAACUGUGGAUGUCCAUCUGUGCCAGCCACAGUGAUCUAGUUGGGAUCAUUGAAAAGUUCCCAGCCUCAUUUUUCACCCCACCAUGCUAUAUUGACCACCAAAAGGCCAACAUCGUGCUCUUCCAGAACCUGGGCCUUAAUAAACGUGUCAUUGCUAAGCUGAUGGCGAGCGCCCCGCAGAACUUCAGAAGACCUGCAGAGCAGAACAAGGAGAUGGUCCAUGCCCUUCAAAAUGCAUACUUGGAUCUAGGAGGAAAUGAGACCAGUAUGAAGGUCUGGCUACAGAAGCUGCUCAUUCAGAACCCGUACGUGCUCAUGAAGUCUCCAGAAACCAUGGGAAAUAACCUCAAGUUCCUGCAAGAACGGGGCUUCACGAGCAGUGAGCUCCUUCAGCUUCUCUCCAAACUUAAAGGUUUUGUCACAGAGCUUCACCCAGAAUCAAUGGGUCUUACUUUGUGUUACUUGCUGGAAACGCUGUCCUGCAGUGACGCCGAGCUUCGACAGGUCAUGCUGCAGUGCCCAGCAUUGCUGUACUACUCUGCACACAUUUUGACAGAUAGAUUCAAAUGCCUACUCAGUGCUGGAAUUAGCCAGCAGCAGAUCAUACAGACACCCACAGUCCUGGAACUGACCACACAGAUUGUUCAGUAUCGCAUUCAGAAGCUGCAUUCUUAUGGUCAUGAUAUUAAGACAGGGAGCCUGGAGCUCCUCAAUGGCACUAAGAAAGACUUUGAAAUGAGCUGUGGAAAAUUGCUCCUGAGGCGAGAGCGUCCGCAAUUUAACCCAGUAGCACCUCUAAGGACAGACGAGUGAGAUUGCCUGUUGUGAAAAGGUGCUAUGAGCUUCUUUCUAAUCAGUAGAAUCUCAAAGUUAACUACAUUUAUUAUCCUGCAUCUGGUGCUGAAUAACAGCUAUAUGUGUAUAAUUACAGAGAUUAUGAUUCAAUAAUUAUAAGUCCUUAAAUCUGUGUUUUAAAAAAAGUAAUAUACAAAAAUCAAUAAAUGGACCUUUGUGUCAUGGGUAGGUAGAAUCUGAUUUGAGGUUGUUUUUUUUUUUGUAAAACUACUUUUUAAGCCACUGUGUUGUGUUAAAGUACUACCUUUCUAUUUUAAUGAUACAAGCUGUGUAAAACUGCACAAGCUUUGUUAAUAAGGCAUAAUAAUGCUUAGUUGUAAAGGCAGUUAAUUUAGUCAUUGAUAUAUAAUAUAUAAUAUCGUAAGAGUGAGAUCCGGUGUAAUCAUGGCAAGCUAGUAUAAAUGGGCUAGCAGGGUUAGGCCCUCCUGCUCUUUUAGGGAAAAAUACAUGAAAAUAAUGCUCACAUUUUUGUCAUCCGUAUCAAAUAGUCUUCCAAGUGGUGCAAUAGAAAAGUGUUUGCUCUGUUGUCAGGAGAUUGUGAGUUUGAUUGUAGGUAAAAGUAUACAGGUUGGGGCUUAUAUGUUCUAGACCAGACUGUAGAUUCACACAGACUAUCAUUGACAGUCAUGUCAAGUUAUUACACUUGCUCGCUAGAUUUCAUGCUCAUUGGGGCUGCUUUAUUUAAGCCCACUUCUCUGCCACAACUCGUCAUCAACAAUGAUUGAGAAGACUCGUGAAAAACAAUGAAAGAGAUGAAUUACAUUCUUGAUCACCAGUUUUAAAAAAAAAUAUCUUCGGAGGAACUAGAAGUAAAUACAAACGUUUAAAGUACAAAUUACAGGAAGGGACAACCGGCAGAACUGUCCAUCUAAUAGCAAGGUCAGCUUUUAUGAUUAACAUGCCUGCUAUUUAGAGGAAACACAGCAUGAUUACAGACUUAAAACACAUGACUUAAAAAUAUCAAUCAUGAAUGGUGUUGCCUAUCUGUCUUUUAAUAAUAGUGUGUAUGCAUAAAAGAUUUAUGCCUAUGAAUCUGUGUUACAAGGUUCAGCCGAGUUACUGAUAGAUAGGCAUCCCAUUCAAUAUCGUGACCAGCCUUCACUGGGUAUAACAGACACUGUUUAUUCUCUCAGUUUAAUUUAGGGCACUAUGUUGAUGUAUAUCUGCACCAAGCACCACAAACCCCCCCCCCCCCCCCCCGAAUAUAAUCAGAUAUGCUAGAUGAUUGAUUGCUAUUUUCUAAAAUCAAAAUGAUCCGUUAUCAGGAAAAUUGAACGGCUUAUUUCUACGUCCAUUCUUGUAUUAAUCUCUUGUUCUCCAUGCUUUAUCCUCUCUCUGCCCAUGCUGGCUGAUAGUCUUCAGCUUUCUCCCCAACCAAUGACAAAGAAUUAUACCCAAAAGCACAGGAGGUUAAUAAGACAGGGUAUAAAUAGUUCUUUUUUCAUUUAAGUCACGACACUGGGUAUUAUUAACAAGUGUUACACGCUUUAUGGCUUUAUGGGGCAUAACUCAAGGAAAAUAUGAAUACAGAUGACACAUCCAAUUAAAAGCUCUCAUUUCCUGCCCUGGCCACAAAAUGGUAGAAUAUUAUUAAGGUGGUAAAUAUUCCAUGUGUGGGGUCAUGCAGUUCAUACAUGGAUUAUGAUGGCUGUCGGACCAGUGCUUAGUGCUUCCAUUUUCUCAAAUACUAUUCAUCUGAAAGCUCCUAAUUAUAGUGGCUUUGGAGGAAAUUGACCUCUUUCAGGAAAUGCUGUAUUUUACAGGUGGGAUAUCAAAGAUGGACAAUAAAUUGCAGUUAUACAUUUUUUUGUAUUAUUA